UUGAGCAAAAUGGCGUCGGGUACGGUGUUUGAAUCUGCGUACGUAGGGAACAUACUGACUCUGAAAGAAAAAAUAUCGAAAGAUAGUAAAAUAAUCACCCAAAAAGAUGGGGAUGGAAGAUUGCUGAUUCACUGGGCAGCGUUAGGUGGACAUGAGUUGAUCGUUAAUUAUCUAUUGGAAAACAAAUCCCCUGUUGAUCCAGCAGAUGAGACUGGAAUGACGCCUUUGAUACUAGCAGCAUCUGCUGGAAAAGAAACAAUUGUUAGAACAUUAAUAGCAAAUGGUGCUGAUGUAAAUGCCACAAGUGAUGGUGGGCACUCGUCCCUGCAAUAUGCCUGCUCUAAGAAUUGGAAAGACAUUGCUCAGAUUCUGAUAGCCAACCAUGCAGAUAUAAACAUUGCUGACAAACGUGGUGCUACACCUCUCCACAGAGCUGCUUCAAGAGGAAAUACUGCAGUAGUACAACUCUUGAUUGAUCAGGGAUCUGAACUGAAUAUCAAUCCAAUUGAUUCAUGUGGAAACACACCAUUGCACUUAGCAUGUGAAGAGAAUCGUGAGACUGAAGCCAGAUUGCUGGUUGCACAUGGUGCAAGACUGGACAUACAGAACAAGGAGAAGAAAACGCCAUUGGAUCUUGCACAGCCGUCACUAGCUCGCCAGUUACGUAAAGCAUCUGAACAGUGAUACAUUUUGCCACCAUAUAAGGGAAAUGAAUGUUAAGGAGACAUGAUUGCAUGGCCAUUUGUGAAGAAAAGACAGUUGUUAAACUGAUGGAAAGAACAAUAGAAACCGCAGAUGAUAUGACCUUCACUGCUUUAUCUAUAAUGUGGAUAGUGAUUUCUUGUUUGUAGAUUGGGAUUCACAAUUUAUGUGCCGUCUUAGUGUAUUUUUUAAUAAACCCAUAAUAAAUGUGUUCUUGUAUAAUG